CUCACAUCACACUCGUGAUAGUCCGGUCAAACACGUCCAGAAACGGGAACGACAGCAUCCAUAAAGCCCUGGAAAUUUGCCUUGCGUGGCCGCUCGGAGCCUGUCACCUAAAGCAGGACUUUGGAUAUUAUCAAGGAUCGCAAGAGAAGAUUUGUUUUCUCCGCAGUGGGAAGGCUUGAUCCACCCCCGAGCCUGAUGAUUUGAAGGGAAUUCAAUGCAGUGAGGCUGUACUGUACUGUAGCCCCACAGGUCACCAUAUUCCUGCUUUAAUCCGCAUUUCAUCAGAAUUUGCUCGCGCGCGUCUACACUCGCCGAUUACAAAUCAGUCUUUCUUUACGUGUGUUUCUCUUUUAAACAAAUCUAACCCGAGAUUUCAACUGACGCCAUUUUAACGCUAUAAACGCCGUUUGGUUGAGUUUGAGGGAUUGUAAAGUGCUUGUCAUGAUCUCGAUGUAAGUGGAUGGAUUUACUCUCGUAGACUUCAGUAGCAGCAGCUUCAGAAAUGGUUUCACCUGGGAAAAAUUCCACCUUAGCAAGAUUUGUAAGAUUCCGGGAGCAGUAAGGAUACAUAAGCCAUCACAUCCCUCUCUGAUUAAACUCGAUCACCAAAACUGGUGUCCAACUGUCCUUUUGGCUCCCUUUGCUUCCUCUUUCUUGAACCAAGCUUCAAGAUUGGCAAUGGAGCAAAGAGACCUUACUCGGACGGCACAGCCCAAAGGGAAUGAGGAGUUCUUCUCCACUGUUACCACCAUCAACAGAGCAGACCUUAGUGAGGUGGGUCUUCUGGCCAGCCCGAUAAAGAGCCUCCCUCUGCCUGGGGAGCAGCAGGACCAUGAAGAAGAUGAAGAUCUUGGUCUGGGGAAGGACGUAGAUGCCAUUUCCAAUGCAGACAGUGAGAGAUGGUGUCAUGGAGAUGGGCUGGAAGAGCAGGAGUUCUCCAUCAAGGAGGCCAAUUUCUCAGGAGGCAGCCUGAAGCUGAAGAUUCAAACGACAAAGCGGGCCAAGAAGCCUCCAAAAAACCUGGAGAACUACAUCUGUCCUCCUGAGAUCCGUAUCACCAUCAAGCAGCCUGGGGAGCAGAAGACUACGAAAUAUGGCAAGAACAGCAAGGGAGCAAAAGAGGAGAACUUGGGACCCCCCAGAAAGAGGACCUAUGAGAGGACUUAUAAACGUGUGGGUAAAACUGAUGGCAUAAUAAUGGAAAGUACAAAACCAAAGCAUGAGUCUACAAGCAACAACAUUCACCAACUUGACUGGACAAAGCCGUUGGAUACUGUUGUAGAUGUAAAAUCCCAAGAGCAACACAGGACAGAACCAGAAUCAAAAAGAGAAACGGCAUCCAUUAACAAGAGCCAUUUGUCGGAGACCAGCAUCCCAUUGUCAAAAAAGCAAGUUAAAAAGUUCACAGAGGGUUCAUGUGGAAGUCUCUUUGCCUCUGCCAUGGCUUCCCCAGGUGCUGACCCACUAGCAUCAUCUAAAGCUGAUAUAGCAAUGAGUCCUCCAACUGACUCAAGUCUGUUGACACACUCUUCUGUCAGCAAGGACAGAUGUUUGCAGGAAGUCACAGAGCAAGUGUUUGGGAACCUCAAACAGAAAUAUGGAAGGAAAGAUCUAAAAAAGGACCUGACCACCCAUAACUUAGACCUUCAGUGGGCCAAAAAGAUUGAUAGAGAUACUGAAAGUCAUGAUAGUACUAAUGUGAAACAACCCUACAAAUCUGAUAAAAGCAAAUUUCAGGCAGAGAAGCCUGAUCAGUCAAGCAAUAGGGUGGAUGAUGAAAAUAAGAUGAUAUCAAGUGGUGGCACUCAUCACUCAGAUGAUUCUAAGAGUAGGAGGAGAAGAAAUCGAAAAACUGCUGAAGUUAUAGAUGAUCCACAAACCACGCAGAAAGUUGAGAUGACUGGUAAAGCUGACCAAGUUAGCACCAAACCUAAAAUCACAAAGAAAAUAGAAUUCAGGGCACCAAAACAAUUUAGUGUGAAUGCACGGGAGACAGAGGAAGACCGUGCUGGGAUAAUGACUGAUGAUGUUGAAAUGUUUCAGAAUAGGCCGAGGAAAACUCCAGCUGGGAGACCAAGAUCAAUGAUUGACACUUACAAACAAACAGAUGCUAGGCAAUGCAAGGUCAAGGACAGGUGGUCUUAUAUAAAGUCCCAGAACUCUGCUCCUCAUAAAGAUUUGAAUCAAUCUCGUUCCAAUGAAGAGCCGCACUCUGCUUUCCCUGUAACUCCAUCCAGCCCACUCUAUACAAACACAAACAGUUUGACGGUCAUUACCCCAGAAAAGAAAAAACGUGGGCGGCCCAAGAAGCAGCCGUUACUUACCGUAGAGACUAUUCAUGAAGGCACGGCAACAAGUCCUGUUAGCCCUAUUGCCCAAGAUUCAUCAAGCACUUCAAAAAGAAAGAAAAAGCAUAUGUCAACCUUGGCGCAGUUGACCUUAUACAAAUCCAGUUUUUCUGCACAGCAGUUGAAACUCAAGAAAUCAGGCCAAGAAGGUGUCCUUAAAAAGAGGGCCACUAAGAAAAUGAAACUGGUGAAGAUGCAAAGCAUUUUGAAUGAACUUUUGUCUACUCCGAGCACCGGCAAUCUUACAUUGAAGUCUAAUGUUCCAGUUUCAUGCACUAUGUCAACUGUGGCAUCAACAAUCGAGGCCCGUUUUGGCAAGCAGAUCAAUGUAAGCAAGCGUGGGACUAUUUACAUAGGCAAAAAGCGAGGAAGGAAACCCAGAGCUGAUCAGCAAACCCAACAAAAUGAGCACAAAGCCAGUGACAAGCACUCGUUGCCUAUUUCCAGUCAGUUCGAGAACCCUCUAGUGCCUUCUAAUAUAUCAUCCACAGCUGGAAUGCCUUCUCCAAGGGUCAUGUAUUCUUUCUAUGCUCAUUCAGCAGCAGGUGGGAUGGCUCACCCUUCCAUCACAGAUACCAGCCAGCAUGACCUGAAGACAAUGCCAAAUCUACAGCCUAUCAGUGCAUUGCCCACUAAAACCCAUAAGGGCUUGCUUGGUAGUAGUUGGAAGCUUUCUCCACCAAGACUAAUGGCCAACUCACCAUCUCACCUGUUUGAAGUGGCUUCUAUCAAAGAAGUUACCCUGUCCCCAGUUAGUGAGUCCCACAGUGAAGAGACAAUCCCUAGUGAUAGUGGAAUUGGCACUGACAACAACAGCACAUCAGACCAGGCAGAGAAAGGCCAAGCGUCUCGCAGGAGAUACUCAUUUGAUCUGUGCAAUUUCGAUGCCACAGAGGCUGCUAUUCUAGAAGCUAAGAGCAAAGAUGCAAGAGGGCACUACCAGAAGCGAGCCACCUCAGUUGCUGUGGAAAAAUGUUUCGCUCAAGAGAGCCUGAGGAAGCAAAAGCAUAGAAGAAAGCGUAAAGCACUUCAGAGCCGGGACAACCUGCAGUUUAUUGCUGACCUCGAGGAGCUAGUCAGCAAAUUCCAGGUCUUCCGAAUCUCCCACCGCAGUUGCAAGUUUUACCAUGAGAAUUCAUAUCCCAGCAUCUUCCGUCUCAACUUUGACCACUACUAUCCUAUGCCAUACUAUCCCUAUGACCCUGUGCACUAUCUUCGCAGGAGUUCAGAAAAGUCAAAGAGGAGGCGUGGUAGGCCAGCCAAAUCAAACGAGCCAAUAUCAAAUAUGCCUUUCAUUCAAGGGUUUGGCUGCCCAGUGCCUGGUGGCAAUUACUAUGCACCCUACGCAAUGCCUUACACAUCCAUGCCUCUGGCCACAAGUAUGAUAAAAAUGGGUUAUUAUGGUCAGUACCCUUCACCCUUUUACUUAUCUCAUGCACUUGGAACUUCGGGCUCUCAUCUCAUGAGACCACCAGUUCCACCUCCAAAGUUUCAUCCUGGUGCGUCCUCCAGUCUCAUUGCUACUAGCAGACAUAGAACAAAGAGUAUGCCACAUGAGAUGCCUUCGUCCAGAAUGAGUGACUCCCAUCACUCUUCGAGAAGUUGCUUGUCGAGUGUUUGUCUCCACAAACGCAAACACAAGCACAAACAUAAAGAGGACCAGGACAUUCCACAGAGUGAGGACCUUGGUGGACUCUUCAGUGGAACCCAGAAUCCUGCCUUCCUCAGCCUACUAAACGAGAGGCUAGAGAAGAACUCUCUGUCCAAACUGAAGGACAAGCCAAGAGGCAAGCAAAGCACAGAUGCUUCGCCACAAACUUCCAGGAACUACUUUGAAGUAGACACUCUGUCGUCAUUGUCCUUAUCUGACUCUCAUCAUUGUAAGCGCACUCGAGGAGAGACACUGAACAACUUCCUGAACAUCUGCACUAGACAACCACACGAGCGCCUUCGAGCCAGCCAAGACCAGUCACUGGACUCGUUCAAUGGGCAGCACUUAGGGGACAAUGAUUCCAGCAUCCACAGCAGGAGGCAUAGCUUGGAGGACUUUGUAUCGUACAGAGAGGGAAGUAUGGCAUCUUUCCAAGGUAGAGAUGAGAGGGCAGAGCAGAUGUACCAGUGCUCGAACGCAGCAGUAGCAGGGUCCAGUUCCUACAAGAGGAGGCACAAUCAUGAUGAAGUGGAAGAGAUUCAGUGUGACAUGCAAAAAAUGUGUGCCUUCUCCAAGAUCCUCACCACCAAGAAGAACCUGGAUCACGUCAACAAGAUUCUGAAAGUCAAGAGGCUUCAGAGGCAAGCCAAGACAGGGAAUAACAUAGUGAAGAGACGUAGGGGUAGGCCGAGGAAGCUGCCACUUUCUCUCGAGGAGGGAUUGCUGGGGCAGAUGCCAGUUCUAGAGAAGUGUGUGGACCUUCCUGGAAAGAGGAAUCUUCACACCGGUCUGGUGCCUGCUCAGCUUGAGUUCUCCAAUCACGACUCCAUAACUGAUGCCAUUGAGUCAGUGGUAUACAUGGCCAGAUCCCAAACCAGCCCAUAGUCCACGCAGGGAGGCAAGCACUGGCACAAAGUUCAGCCAGAGCUUCAAAUAGAGCAUCCUAACCACAAAGGCAAAGGGAACAAGAGAGAAGCUAAUCUUGCCUCUCAUUAGAAAGGUUCUAACAGUGCACUGUGAGUUAGCCUUGUGCUUGGGUCUUUGUAUCGUUUCUUUGCUUUGAUUCUACUGGCACAUUUUAAUGGGCAUUCCCUGAGAAUUUGGAUCAUGGUUGUGGUCUAAACAGCUCCGCUUUUGUUUUCAGAAAUGUUAUUCUCCCAAAGCCCAUAACUAUGAGGAUAUUGAAACUAUGGCUUUAGCCAUAAUCUACCAGCACAUGUAAAUGAAUUUAAAUUGGAGUACUGUGCACUUUUUUCUUCAUUGUUUUUUUUCUUCUUCUUCUUCACUCAAGCACAAAGCAUAGAUCUUCUGGCAAAGGUUGAUUUUAAAAAAACAAAAAAUGCAAAAAGGUCAACAGUAUCUCGCUAACUUGCAUACACACACUUCCAUACAUUUGCCUGUGCUCAGGUUUGUUCCAGGCAUGAACUAAUGGCAAUACUUUUAAAUGAAACCCUUUUCAGAGGCGUUUUGAUAGUUUGACUGUAUAUAGAAACGUAUUCAACGAACAUUUGAAAGUAUUUUAGAUCUACCUAUACUGUCAGCAUAUCAAAUCAAAAACCAUAUAAUAUUUGAAAUAAUGUUUUCUUUUUUAACCAAAUAGAAGUAGAUGUGACAUAAGGAAGCUUGUGUUCAAAUGGAGAAACAUAUUUACUAAUGUAAUCUCAACGAAGUGAAAUCACUGCAGAUUGAAGGGUUAUUGAAGAUAGGACAGCAAAAUAAACCACAAUAACCUGAAGACACUGUAGUUCACAGCAGAUUCGAUGAAAAAUGCUAAGGUUGCGUUUAAAACCAACAAAGCACUUAUUUCUUUUCCUUUUUUUGUAGAACAGCUUUGGGUGGGCUGAAGUAUUACACAGUGUCACAAUGUUGGUUUUCUCGCUUUAAAUAAAAGUGAGCAUCUGGACAAUGUUUUCAUUAUCUGACUGGAAAUCAAGUUCUUGCUUGGUUGCUCAACAGAGUAACCGAGUUGCCUUCUCCAGAGUCUAUUUGAGAAUGUGCCUGCUCUUGUUAACUAAACAAUAAUAGUGUGUCUAUAUACCUGUCAGUAUUAGAUAUCCACUUGACCAAAGCUUCAAUUUAGGCAGUAUAUCAUAGGAAAUAUCAGUUUCAGUUUAGCUGCUUGUGUAUUUUACUAUGAAUGGAUACUAAGUGUGGUGGUGUGGUUAUUUGUUGAUUACUCUGUUGCUUGGAUUGGAAAAAUAGAAACCAGAAUGUACACAGAAGACUAUUUAGAUCAUCUAAACAUAGGACAUUGCAAACUAAUCAAAAAUGUGUCCUGCGCUAUUUUAGGAGUUUUACUGAUUUAAUAAUAAAAACACGUUGAGUCGGAAUAGAAUUUGAAUGUGGUCCUAAUUUGAAUAGCUAGAAAUGUGCCUUAUGUUCGUCUAUAAAUCCAUAACAUAUUUAGGUACAGGGAACUUUUCAGAUAUCAGUGCAGAAUGUAUAUAAACAAUAAUCUUGUUCGCUCUCCUGGUUUUAAUGUGUUAGAUGUUAUCAUUUCAAUACAUCUUCAGAGCUUAGAUCUUUCAGGUCAGUUGCCUUACUGUAAUAGGCUUUAUUCUGACUAUAAAUACAUUUAAAUACAUGUAUUUACCAAAUCUGAAUUUGGUAACACUUCAAUGACCAUCUAUGUUACACACAAAAUAUAUGUAUAACCAAACCCACCAAGGGUUUUUGAAAUGAAUACAUGCUUAUUUACUAUGCAUCAGGUAAUUGCUGUGAAUCCACUGAGGCUUUUUAGCAUUUUCUCUUUUGUAAGCUUUCCGUUUUCUUUAAACCAAUUUAAACAAUGAAGUGGUCUUACUGGGAUUUUAAAUUUGAAUAAUUGUACUGAUCAAUUGAUUGUCAAUUGUGCUGAAACUAUCAUUUCUUUUGCAAUUCUAAUCAUUGUCUAGGGGAGGAAAAAGUGAACCUCUAAGCAGUGCAGCCUUAAUCGAAUGUUAAACUCAACAAAUUGUCCCAUGUAAAUAGUCUACCAUCUCUAGGUGGCUGAAUAGCUGCAUGAAUCAUGCCUAAGAAUCAUGUCAAUAUGUUUAACUCAAAGUUAUCCAAAGCAAGACACAUAGUGGCUUAAAAUGCCAUUUGGUGUUAUGAACCAUUCAGCCUUGUGAUAACUUGCAGUGCAUUUAAGCUAAAAGAAAUAAUAAAUAAUAUAAGCUGGCAGCUACUGGAGUGGACAUAUUUGUAAGAAGCGUUCAUUUGGACUGGUUUUGCUAAUCACCUGGAAACAUUGCCAAAAAUGUUACCUUUAUUAGUGCUUUAAGCACCGAAAGACGCCGUAAUGUACACCGUAGCAGUUUUCAGAAAUAAGAAAUAGGUUUUGGUAACAAGGCCUGGCAGCUUAAAUUUGCUUGGCUGAUAUGUGUGUGAAGAUAAGGUGUAUUUUUACGUUUUUGCUUUUACAAUAGCGACUCAAUUACAUGGUGUUUGUGUCGAGGAAAUGUUACCAUUCACCAAGAGAAUGUUAUCCACUCAAAUGUCGUCACUAGUAUCAUAUUUAAAUUUGAAUUGUUAUUAAUGAAGUUAUAAUACAAAUGAAGUGUUGAUCAAAAAGGAAUAUUUGUGAUAAGGACAACACAUGCUCUUAUCACGCUCAGAUUUUUAAUUCAUACUUAUGGUGUUAUGAUUAAUUUGAUAAUUUGAUUUCUGUAUCUGCAUGCCCUCUUUGAUUGUAUGCCUUCAAAUUUUGAAGAAUUGAAUUUCGAUUUUGGAUAAGAUCUUACACAUUGUUUGAUAUGUUUUUUUUUUCUAAUGGAUUUUAAAUUCAUAAAGGAUUUUGUAAAUUGUAUGGAUAUUAAAAACAGCGAACAAUGGACGUAUUUAGAAAAGAUUAAAUUCUGAUAUACACAAACAUAUACAUUGUACAUAGGAUGUAUGUAUAUAUUCAUGUUUUGUGUAACUGUGUAUACAGACAUGUUUAUAAAUACAAGUACUACGCUGUACAUAUGUACAUACAUAUACGCUUGCAUGUGUUUGGCCAUGUUUGCCGUUCAUGAUCUUGUAGUUUUAUUUUUUUAUUUCUCCUUUUUCUUACUGUAAAGCUCAUUUUAGUGCAAACCAUCUCUGGUGAACAGUAUUGAGCACUUAAAAUACAGUUGAUCUUGUUCAUGUCAUUCAUUGUGCAAAAAAAGAAUAAAUGAAUUAUUGA